UACAUUAUAAUUCGAGUUACAAUUCGAAUUACAAUUCGCAAUUCGAGUCACAAUUCGAGUUACAAUUCGAGUUACAAUUCGAGUCACAAUUCGAAUUAAAAUUCACAAUUCCAGUCACAAUUCGAAUCGAUAUCGUACAAUCUCGAGCCGAUAGA